AGCGCGUGAUGACGUCUCCCUUGCACACAGGUGGUAUCUAUUAGCUUACCUCAUAUGUCGCCUUUGUUCACCAUCAGCUCAUUUCCUUCCGGUGAGAGGGUUUCUUUGUAGCGGGUUUUUGUUUGUUGUUUUGUUCGUGGCGAAGCGCUGCGGUCGGUUUUUGCAGAUUAUUAUGCCUGAGCAGUGAAGUGAGGAUCAUGGCGGAAAAUCAUCUGAACUACCGCUACGUUGAAAGCGAACGUUUUGCCGAAGACCCGGAGUUGAUGGCCAUCAAAGCCAGGGUUCAGGAGCUGGAAAUGGAAGAAGAGACUGAAAAACUUAAGGACGACGACGACCGAUAUGACAUGGAUGAGAUGCAGCUCCAAACCAACAGCCCUCGACCUGGACCAUUCUACAAUAUGACUCCAGAGGAGCGGAUGGAUGCAGACAACAGAUCAGUCUAUGUUGGAAAUGUAGAUUAUGGUGCUACUGCAGAGGAGCUGGAGAUCCAUUUCAACGGCUGUGGUCCUGUGAACAGAGUUACCAUCUUGUGUGACCGCUUCUCCGGUCAUCCCAAGGGCUUUGCUUACAUCGAAUUCUCUGAUCGGGACUCUGUGCAGAGUGCUGUUGGUUUGCAUGAGACGGUGUUCAGAGGAAGAGUUCUCAAGGUGUUGCCCAAGAGAACCAACUUCCCAGGAAUCAGCACCACAGACCGCGGAGGACACAGAGGCGGCCACUCCAGAGGCAGGGGGCGUGGUUACCGUCCUCCCAGAUACCAAAACAACUCGAGAGGCAGAUUCCGGUACCAGUCGUCCAGACCUCAGCACCAAUCUCCCCACCCUUAUUAUGGAGGAUCGUCUGUGGGAAAGAGACAGUGGGGACACAUGGACAACCACGAACAAACUGCAAAACGCUACCCGUGUCUUCUUCUCAUCACACCACCGUCAGAGGAAGUGGGGACAGUGUCGAGUGGACAGAACUACGCACAGCAGCGCUAACGCUACCCACAAUUCAUCUCUGCGGGGUGGGACUGAUUUUAACCUGUAAAUUCUUUUAGGUAUUGAUUUUACCCUGUGAUGUGCCGAGUUGACCCGUGUCAACUGUUCAUCCGGGUGAGUUGUGACAAAGGUUGACUGAGGUCAGGUUUGUUGCUGUGAAUGCAUGGGACAGUCAAGUUAUUCAGCUGCUGCUUCUGUUUUUACUAAGUGAUGGGAAUGUUGUGUGUUGCUGUCUGUAAUAUUUAAACAUCCCUAUGUGUACCUUAUAAAGUCUUUGCUUUGUGAUUUAAAUAAAACAAUGAUUCAGUGCUCAAAAUAAA